CUCUUCUCUCUUCUCUCUCCACAGGCGUGGCUUUUGGCUUUCAUUUCCCUUCUCAGAGCCAUCAAGCACCCAUCAAUGGCUGUGUCUGCUUUGUUUCCUUUCUCGUUUGCAUUCACACAGUGAAAGCAAAAGGGGAGAUUGAGGGAAAUCUUUGUUGUCGAAGAGAUGUCCAUGUCUUCUCAAUUUCCUCACUUGUUCUUUGCUUCUUCUCUCAGCUUUUGACUCUAUCAAGCCAGACAGUAAAGAGGGAGUAGCAUCAUUCGAAACGCUGCGUUUCAACUCUCUCGCGUUUUCUCUCGUUUUCUAGCUUGGGCCUUGGGGUUCUUCUAUAAAGAGAUGCAGAGGUGGGAUAAAUCGCUCCGUGAGGAUCGGUACCGGAACGGUAGAGAAAAUCCGUCCUUCUCGUCGACUCUGCUCGACGCGAUUUACAGGUCGAUCGACGAGGGUGGUGAAGGGGAGGAAGAGCUGGUUCUGUACAGAGAAACUAUGAGGAAGAAGCACAGUAAUUGCACUGUGAAUAAGGAGGAGGACGAAGAGAUGGCGAGUCUUAGGAGAGCCAUCAUGAUCGAAAAAUGGAUGGAGAAGAAGGUGAGCGAGAAGGUGGUGGUUCGGCGAAAGUCCAUGGCGGAUUUCGAGAGAAGGUCGCGGAACGAUCGCGAUUCUUUUUUCCUGAAUUCGACUUCGAGCUCCUCCGACUCCAGCUCGGGAGGAGGAUUCUCGUCGUCGGAGGCGGAAUCUGUAAGGUCGUCUGGUUUUCAGAGACCGAAGCCGAUACGAACCAGCACGUCGGUUCCACCGGAGAAUCACCACCACCUUAUGUUUGAGAAUUAUCACGACAGAAAUUACAUUGCGUCGCAGAAGCCAAAGCACGAAGGCGGUUUCGUGAAGACGAAGUCUCGAGCGCUGAAGAUCUACGGCGAUCUCAAGAAGGUGAAGCAACCAAUCUCUCCCGGCGGCCGCCUCGCGAGCUUCCUCAACUCUCUCUUCACAACCGGAACCGCCAAGAAAGCGAAGAUAUCCUCGUCGGAAGACUCUACACCAGAACGCAAAUCAAAGUCCGGCCACACGUCCACAUGCUCAUCAGCCUCCUCCUUCUCCCGCUCCUGCCUGAGCAAAACGCCGUCAUCCAGAAGCAAACUCAGCAACGGCACGAAGCGAUCAGUGAGAUUCUACCCCGUCAGCGUCAUAGUCGACGAAGACUGCCGUCCCUGCGGCCACAAAUGCUUGUACGAAGACGGCAAACCGAUACGAACUGUAACAAACUUCAUCAACGAAGACAUCAAGCUCAACAUCGACCACAACCGCCGAGUGGAAGAAGCCGCAAGAGAUCUGCUGAAAAAUUACCAAAAGAAAAACGAAUCGUACCUGAGAGAAGCCGCCAACCAUGAAGAUUCCGACGACGAUGCAGCGAGCUGCGCCAGCUCAGAUCUCUUCGAGCUCGAUAACCUCUCAGCCAUCGGAAUCGAUAGGUACCGCGAAGAGCUUCCAGUGUAUGAAACUACUCGCAUGGAUACGAAUCGAGCCAUUGCCAGCGGCUUGAUUCUCUAAUUUCCAAAUCCAAAAAAUCCAAAACAAAAAAAAAAAACUGUCCUUUUCCUUUUUCUUGAAUUUUAUGGUUUUUGGGGGUUUACAUCAAGAGAAUAAAAUUUCUCUCUUUCCUUUUU